CUUUCUGUCUGUCUCAAACUCUCACCAGAACCCAUCGCAAGACCAGCCAUUGGGAGCACAGCGAAAGAGAAUCAUUACAGCAUGUUAAAUUUAGAAACUUCUACGUGAAUCCUGGCCACAAGUAAGAAGGUUUAGGUUUGUGACAGGAGACACUAGUGUCCCGGAGUAAGGAGGCGGAGGGGGGAAAACAAGGAUGGCUGUCAAACCACACGGCUCCCUGCUGAAGAAGCACAGCCAGACUGAUCUCGUGAGCCGGCUGAAGAGUAGGAAAAUCCUCGGAGUUGGCGGCGAAGAUGAUGAGGGGGAAGUCCACCGAUCAAAGAUCAGUCAGAUGUUGGGAAAUGAAUUCAAGUUUGCUCUUCAUGAGCCUUUUGGCCUCAGGUACUGGCAGUUCACCUCUGCAGUCACCUUUUCCGUUGCUGGAAUUCUGGCUUUGGUGUUUCCAAGAAUGCUACAUGAUUGGCUGUUCCAGGGAGAGUAUAAGUUGUCCUGCAUUGCAUCACUUCGACUCCACAGUGGUGCAUUACUCAGCAUUGCUCUGAUCCUAUGGAAUGCCUUUUACACAUCUGAGAAGGCGAUUAUUCGAUGGACCCUUCUUUCAGAGACCUGCUAUUUUGUUGUGGCGUUUCUAGUGACAUUGCUUUCAGCCAUGGAUCAAGGCUUGUUUUCUCAGGAUGUGGGAUUCUUGCUCUUGAGUUAUGCAUUAUUUGGGAUCAUGUCACUUUUCUAUUAUUUACAAGUUGGACGGAAACCCAAGAAGAUCUAGCCCAUCGAUCAGCAGGAGGGGCCCAGACACAGCUUUCAGUGUGAAUGGAAACAAUUUGAAUCAAGAGGACAUAUUGACCCACCCUCGCCCCCAACCCUGUGCCACCUUCAGCCAACAGCAUCCAUUAAGGUGACCACUUUUUAGGGUGAAGAAUGAGAUAUUUUCCAGUGGGUAAUCAUGGCUAUACACUCUCAGUAUAGACACGAAGUGAAGGCAAAUCCCAACCUCAGAGGAGUAGCUCUACAUAAGAGUUGCCAACUCUGGUUAGAGGCAACCCUUGAGGUAUGAUAGUCAACCAUGGGAUGGCUGGUCAUGCUGAUACCUGUAAACGUUGGUCUAUUCACUUGAUGGAAGUUACAGGUUGUAUUUGAGAGCAUUGGCUUGUGGUUGCACCUCCUCAGGCGUGGUAAUGAGACGCUCCAAGAAAUGGCUGACGUAAGAUGGUGCCAAGGGAAGGUAAGGGAGGAGAGGGCAAACAGAAAGGAGUAAUAGGGGGAAGGGGAGAGGUAAA